GCGAGAGAGACCGAGACGAGAGAGAUAAGAGAAAACCCUCACAAAUCGGGACAGACACACUGUGGAGACAAACAACGAACACACCGAAACGCUAGGGUUUAAUCGACUCUUCUCUGUCUCUGAUUCUAGCUCUUUCAGAAAGCUAGGGUUUUCCCCUUUAAUGUUUGUUCUUCUCCCCAGAAUAGCAGUGCGAGGGUUUUUCUAAAAAAGGGGCCAAGAUGAGGAUUAUGAUCAAGGGUGGUGUUUGGAAGAACACCGAGGAUGAGAUCCUUAAAGCCGCGGUUAUGAAGUAUGGAAAGAAUCAGUGGGCUCGAAUCUCUUCGCUUUUGGUUCGCAAAUCCGCCAAGCAGUGUAAGGCUCGCUGGUACGAGUGGCUUGAUCCUUCCAUCAAAAAGACCGAGUGGACAAGGGAAGAGGAUGAGAAACUGCUUCAUCUUGCCAAGCUCAUGCCCACGCAGUGGAGAACUAUUGCUCCAAUUGUUGGCCGUACUCCAUCCCAGUGCCUUGAGCGGUAUGAGAAGCUUCUUGAUGCUGCUUGUGUUAAGGAUGACAACUAUGAACCUGGUGAUGAUCCACGGAAAUUGCGUCCUGGAGAGAUUGAUCCAAACCCCGAGUCAAAGCCUGCACGGCCAGAUCCUGUUGAUAUGGAUGAGGAUGAGAAGGAAAUGCUUUCGGAGGCACGAGCUCGGUUAGCAAACACAAGGGGUAAGAAGGCAAAAAGGAAAGCCAGGGAGAAGCAGCUUGAAGAGGCAAGAAGGCUUGCUUCUUUACAGAAAAGGAGAGAAUUAAAGGCUGCUGGGAUUGACACUAGGCAGCGGAAGAGGAAAAGGAAGGGAAUAGACUACAAUGCAGAAAUUCCCUUUGAAAAGAAGCCUCCUCCAGGUUUCUAUGAUGUUACUGAAGAAGACAGAACUGUUGAACAACCCAGUUUCCCAACCACUAUAGAGGAACUCGAAGGAAAAAGAAGAAUUGAUGUGGAAGCACAGAUGAGAAAGCAAGACAUUGCGAAGAAUAAAAUUGCAGAAAGGCAGGAUGCCCCAUCGGCCAUAUUGCAAGCCAACAAAUUGAAUGAUCCCGAAGCAGUUAGGAAGAGGUCAAAGCUGAUGCUUCCUGCUCCCCAAAUUUCAGACCAUGAACUGGAAGAGAUUGCAAAGAUUGGUUAUGCUAGUGAUCUUCUUGCUGGUGGGGAGGAUCUCACUGAUGGGAAUGGUGCAACACGUGCUCUACUUGCAAAUUAUGGUCAGACACCCCGACAGGGAGUCACUCCUUUACGAACUCCACAAAGAACGCCUGCUGGUAAGGGUGAUGCUAUCAUGAUGGAAGCAGAAAACUUGGCAAGGUUGAGGGAGUCUCAAACACCAUUGUUAGGUGGGGAGAAUCCAGAGUUGCAUCCUUCAGAUUUUUCAGGGGUCACCCCUAAGAAGAAGGAGAUCCAAACGCCAAACCCAAUGCUAACUCCAUCUGCAACACCUGGAGCUGCGGGCCUUACUCCUAGAAUUGGUAUGACACCAACCAGAGAUGGCUAUUCUUUUGGUAUGACACCAAAGGGUACUCCGAUUAGGGAUGAACUCCGCAUCAAUGAAGAUAUGGAGCUCCAUGAAAGUUCAAAACUUGAGCUACGGAGACAGGCUGAUAUGAGAAGAAACUUAAUUUCAGGCCUUAGCAAUCUAUCACAACCAAAGAAUGAGUAUCAGUUAGUUGUGCAGCCUGGUCCAGAAGAUAAUGAAGAACCAGAACAAAAUAUCGAAGAAGAUAUGUCUGACAGGCUAGCUAGAGAAAAGGCUGCAGAAGAAGCACGACUGCAAGCAUUACUUAAGAAAAGAUCCAAAGUGCUUCAGAGGGAGCUUCCUAGACCUCCUGCUGCUUCACUGGAAUUAAUUAAAAAUUCCUUGAUGAGAGCAGAUGGAGACAAGAGUUCUUUUGUGCCUCCUACAGUAAUAGAACAGGCUGAUGAAAUGAUAAGAAAAGAGCUUCUGACAUUGCUAGAGCAUGAUAAUGCUAAGUAUCCACUGAAUGAAAAGGUGAACAAAGAGAAAAAGAAAGGUGCAAGGCGCUCUGCAAAUGGUUCUGCUGCUCCCGUCCCAGAGAUAGAAGAUUUUGAAGAAGAUGAGCUGAGAGAGGCUGAUAAUUUCAUCAAGGAAGAGGCUGGGUAUCUUCGUGUAGCAAUGGGACAUGAAAGUGAAUCACUCGAUGAGUUUGUGGAUGCACACAAUACAUGUUUAAAUGAUCUCAUGUACUUUCCUACCCGUAAUGCUUAUGGCCUAUCGAGUGUCGCUGGAAACAUGGAGAAACUUGCUGCCUUGCAGAAUGAGUAUGAAAACGUCAGAAAGAAUGUGGAAGAUGAUAUCAAGAAGGCAGCAAACCUUGAAAAGAAGACUAAAAUUCUCACUGAUGGUUAUGAGUUGCGGGCUAAAAAGAGUCUUUGGCCACAAAUUGAGGAGACUUUCAAACAAAUGGAUACUGCUGCAAAAGAACUCGAGUGCUUCCAAGCUUUACAAAAGCAAGAGCAAUUAGCAGCAUCACAUCGGAUUAAUAAUAUCUGGGAAGAGGUUAAGAAGCAGAAGGAGCUUGAGCGAACUUUACAAAAGCGGUAUGGAGAUCUGUUAGAGGAGCUAGAAAGGACACGGCACCAAAUGGAUGAAUUCAGAGUGCAAGCACAAAAGCAAGAAGAGAUAGCACAAAAGCAAGAAGAGAUAGCAGCAAAUAAUUGCGAGACUGAGUUAGCUGAAUCCGCAGUAAAUCAAUCUGUUGAACAGAGCACAGAGGAUUCUGGGUUAACAGUUGCCUCAGAUGAGGUUGGUAGUGCUAUGUCCAUCGACCCAUCUCGCGAUGAAAAUGCUAGUCAGCAAACGGAAUCUAUUCAAGAGCAUGCUCAAUCUCCCGCAGCUCAUGAUAAAAUACCUCCUGCUGCAGAUGGAGAGCACUUGACAGUGGUAGAAGGAAAUGGUUCUAACAGUCAACUCUCCAUUCCGAAUGGCAUGGGAGACGGUUUGAGCGAGGUGGUCGCUGAGGAAAAGAAAGUGGCACAAAACUCUGUUGAUGAAGUGGCCAAUGAUGACAUGACCACGGAUGAGAUAACCAAGGAUGUCAAGAAUCAGCAAAAUGCAACAAUACAGGAAAGCAGCAUUCCAGAAACUGCCAGUGAUGGUGGUUUUGUUGGAGAUGCCAAGGAGGUUUCUGGUAAUGGCAGGGAGAUGUGAAGUAGCUUGGUUAACUCUUGUCAAUAAGAAUCCUCACUUGUUGAAUUUCAAUGGCAUGCAGUCUAAAUUUGGAUGGGAAUUGUUGAGAAAAAUAACUCAAAAUGAGGGAUAGAUGGUUUGAAUUGGAAAGUGAGAAAUGGUAUUGCUUGCCAGAGGUUAUUGUAUGAACAUCAGUGUUUCCGAACAAAUCGUUGGUCAGCUGGCCGAAGCUUCAUGAGAUGUUUGAAACUGUUCUAAAGAACUUUAGGCAUCCAUUCAUUGUUUUUAUCAGAAGGGAAGGAAAAAAAAAUGGUAAAUGGUCUAUUUUACUCAGUUUGGACAUUUGAAAAUGUUAUAUCUGGUAAUUGACCGACCAUUUGUGCGGUGCAACUAUUAUUAGAGUGAGGAAAUCUUUGUGUAAUUGCAUCUCUUCCUCGAGGAUUUUGUAUUGAUAUUAUUGUCACAUCUUUUUCUAAUUGUUUAAUAUUGCCUAAUACUAGUCAAAUUUUGUUCUA